AUGGAGCCCACCCAGACCACCACCGUCAACAACAAGCGGCUGACCCUCGUCGUCAACGCGCCCGCAAAGGAACAAGUGCCUAAUCGAGCGAGAUGGACCAUUCAGUACGAGUUCAAGCUCUGGCGAUUCGGAGCCUACCAAGAAGUUCAGACCUUUGAGAUUGGACCCGAUGCUGUGCCUUUUACACUCCACACCAACCUCCUGCGAGAGCGAUGUCCAGCCUUCCACGAUGCACUGCUUCAAGUCCGCGAUACACCAGGAGCUCCCGCGACUCUCGACCUGGCCUCGGAUCUCCUGGGCGACAUCAGUCCAUGUCCCGUGGAUCGUCCAUUUGACCUCCGCUCGCUCAGUCUCGGCCUAUUCCGCGUCUUCUCUGCGUGGUUGUAUACUGGCCAACUCGUUCUGCCCGACGAACAUGCCCCCCGACCUCGUCCAACGACCCGUCUGGUCGCCAAGGCAGCGCACAAGACGGUCGAGCCCGUCGGCUCGUGGCGAGAUGAGGACCUGAUUGAUGUCUACAUGUUCGCGUCACGGCACGAGAUAUGGGAGCUCGCCAACCUCGCCAUCACUCGGUUGUGGACGCAGAAUGACAAACACUGUCGAACCACUGCUCUCUCUGCCAUCGAAAAGGUCUUUGCCGCCGGGUGCUUCGGAUGGGACGAUACACUGGGUGGAUCUGGGCCCAGUCAAAAGCCCUAUCUGAUGCGCCUACAAGACUAUCUUUUGUUCGAGGGGGCUCAACGCUUGGACGACAUUAAGGACUCCUGGCUUGAUCUCAUGCUGACGGCUCACCUGUAUCCGCCUCCGUACAAUCGAGCUCUACAUACUCGAUAUCACGAACCGCCUCGAACCAUUGUCACAAGUCAUGACCGACACUCUCCUCGUCCUUAUUGGCAAACCAAUCCGUGCCAUUUCCACUGCCAUCUCAGCAAAGCAGACCAGCAAGUUUGCAGUGUGCGGCUUACGAGAGCGAUUGAUACCGCCGGCGAGCGAUCAAUACAUCCACCGCAGCCUGUGGUGGGACCUACUAUACACAGACUACUUCGCGGGACAUGUACAGUUCUGUUGGGCCGUGGCCAAGUGCCCUUUACUCUACACAAAGAGCUGGCAUGCUACCAUUCGGGCUUUUUCUGGGAGACCUUUGGAGACGCCUGGCAUGGUCCUCCUCACGAUCGAGUGGUCCUACUAGAUGAGCAGCCGAGAGACUUUGCGCUCUUCGCUUCCUGGCUCUAUUCUGCGGAGAUUUGUCUGCCGACAAUACAGGAAGAACGAAUGGAAGAACGAAUGGGUGACAUCCUGAUUGCUCAUCCCCGAACGCCUGUCGAAAGGGAGAAGGUAAAAGGGAGGGUGGUGGGAGUGACGACAACUCCACGAGGCGUACCGCGAUCUCCCAAGGGCAAGGAGCGACAACGCAGCAGUACUGAAGAAGAGUGCUGCACUCGCGACUCGGGUAUUGAUGUCUCUACAGAUUCCGACGACGUCUCGAGUCAGACCAAAGCAGACAGCACUACAGACACUGAAGAAGACGUUGAUGAUGAUGAUGACGAAGAUGACGAAGAUGACGACGACGACGACGACGAAGACGACGAUGAUGACGAUGACGAGGAAAUGGACGACGAGAACGACAACAACGAGGCUGCUGGCGCCAAUGAAAUCACUCCAGCAACCUGCGCCCGCGAACCAGAAGCAGAACAAGAGACCAAUGAAGCUCGAUUUCUGGUGAGGAAGCAUCAACAGGACCUGAUCCACCUGUACGCCUUUGCGACCCGGAUGAAGAUCCCCAGUCUUCGUAAUGCCAUCAUGGACAAGUUCGUGGAGCAACGUGAAAGUGGCCAUCCGUACGCCAGCUCACUGCCAGAUAAUCUCCGUCUGGCGUACGAGCUCAAUCUCCCCAAAUCUCCACUGUGCAGUUAUCUCAUCCAGGAAGCGGCUUUCACGUUCCGAGGGCUUCCUCGCGAUCGAAGCGGGUAUGCGCAACUUUUGCCGCCUCAAUUUUUACACGACUUGCUGGAAUACCAGUUUACGAAAGGAAUUUUUCCCAAGCUACGAGAGCAGACUCCUAGUUGGCGCUUGAACCUCUGCGAGUUCCAUGAGCACGCUACCGCGCACGAUGCCGCCGCUUGCACCGCCAGGAACGUCCAGUGGCAAGAAGCGUUGAGGAAAAAGGGGAGCACGUGGGAGCCUCUCAAGAAGGAAUUCCAAACUCCCGAACGGAGUGGCAAUGGUGUGGAAGCAAGGAAUAGCAAAGGGCAAGCCCCAGACGGUUCUCGACUGAACAGCACUCCUGUACCAAAGACCACACCUACACGUUCCUCGUCUGCACGCCAAGCUGCCACCAGGUCGCCAGCAACAAGCUCAUCACUAGACUCGCCUCCCAUGAUGCAUCGAAGUCCGCCCAGCUGUCCGCUACCUAUUCCCAAUCGCAACAUCAACAGGAGCACCACUAGCAUUGCGUCCACCUUGUCCUCGAUGUCAGUGAUGGAAAUGACCUCCCCGACUGCUCCCACUCGACCUACCCUUCCGCAUCGCGAUAGCAACCAAAGUGUCCGAAGCGUGACAUCGACUGUGUCGUCGCAGUCAAGAACAUCUAUGCAGCAACCCAAUACCAUCUCUGGUAGCGGUCUCGGAGAGCUCGCCAAUGGUCGAUUCGAACGUACACCGAUCCCAAGGAGUCGUGUUUCCUUUUCACGCCCCCGUGGUCCCGCUAGCCCAGAAUCUUCGACCAUGUUCGCCAGACCACUGCCAAGUCCCGGGAUUGUUGAUGAUGCGAGCAGAGCGAGUGUGGCGUCUGUUUUAUCAGGAAUAUCAGUAGAUGAAAUCCAAAUCGUGCCGCAAGUGGGUAAGUGGGUUUCAGGAGAAGGUGAAUCGAAGCAGCCCGACCCGUUCACGCACGAGGGUCCUAGUAUCAGGGCUCGUCCUCAUUCCAUCGCAUCUGAAGGUGGCACGAUUACUCCACCAUCGAUUUCCACCAAGGAUACCCAAGAAAAGUCCGCUCCUCCGCGGAAAGCUCCUCCUCCCAUUCCGAAAAAGCCACCAUACGAGGAUUUGCUGGCCUUGCAACGGGAUUUGCCACCGAUUGUAGCCAUGCGCGGCAGUGCACCGGUGAUGAGGAAUAGCAUGUUCGGGGACAUUUCCUGCCAUGUACCACCAGCACCCUCACGGCAAAAGUCGCAACCUCCUCCUUCCCCAUCUCCGUCCGGUCCGACAUUCCUCAAUGCCACUACCAUCACCACCACCAUUACCGCGGAUAACGCCAAAGCCGGCAAUGCCAGCGGAACACGUCGAAGAAGACCCGGCAUUGACGUAUUUGAAUACCUCUCUUAUCAAAACUCCAGCAGCAGCAGCAACAACAACAAACCCGACCCGGCUAGCACAUCCAUCACGACCACUACAUCCAUUACCACCACGACCAAUUCCUCCUCUUCCUCCGGAGGAGGCGGAGGUUCCCAACAACAACAACAAAAUUUCCCUCCUUCCCCUCCCCCACCACCUCAUCCAACCACAAUUCCUCAACCGAAAGUCCUCAUCGGAAACGUCUGUGGUGAAGAAGCUCCCCCUUCUUUCUCCUCCUCCUCCUCUUCAUCUUCCUCUUCCUCCGCAGUUCCCGAAAAAGCCAAAGCAGUACAUUUCAGUCGCUAUCGCGUCGCGGCCCGCGUAAGUCGCUUGACAACGCAUAUGACGGGUCGUUCUUCUUCGGCUUCUGCUGCUGCUGCUGCUGCUGCUGCGAGGGACGGGAUGAGAGGGACUAUUCAGACUGUUGUGGAAGAAGAGGAGAAUGGUGGGAGUGGGAGUGGGGGGUCGAAGAAAAUGGAAGGUCAGCAGACAAAGGGAAAAACGAGUAAGUUACUUGAGGUGGGAGAUGUGUUGAGUCCGGAGGGGAUGAAGAUUUUACUUUGA